UGGGACACAUGUUCCCUCUCCCUCUAGGCUCCAUCGAUUAUCGUCUCUUUUGACACUAUCUGGUCACUAUCACUUCACACUUCUCUACACUAGUCUCCCAUCCGGCCCUCCCCCCAAUCCCCAUCUUCUUCUCCUCUCUGCAUUUUCUCUGCUCAAAAACCCACACUUACAAAAGCUAAAACCAUAAUGCUGCUAAGUUUCUGCAAAACAAGAAGAAGAUGUAGUAAACCCACAUUACUAUUCUUCUACUUCCUUACUUUAACACUACUACUAGUUGUUACUACUUCCACCAUACUCCCUCCUUCAGGGUUGGUAAAUGAAGGAAAUUACUCUCACAGUGGGGGUGAAAGGGGAGGUGUUCCGGCUGAGGGGCCGGGUUUUAGUAGUGGUGGAGGAGAUGGAAAUGGAGAAGGGUAUGGAGGUUAUGGUGGUUAUGGUGGUUACGGAGGAGGGAGUUCGAUGAUGGUAUUGGCACCAAGAAGAACACAUAGAAAGGAUCCUUUAGAUGAGUUUAGGUAUUACAAAGGUGGUUGGAAUAUUACUGAUCAUCAUUAUUGGGCUUCUGUCGGUUUCUCUGCUGCUCCGCUGUUCAUCAUCUCCUUAGUCUGGUUCCUUGUGUUCGGGCUAUGUUUGCUAACAAUCUCUCUGUGUCACUUCUGCUGUCGAAGGGAGCAGCGCAUUGGCUAUUCACCUACAGCUUACAUUCUCUCACUCAUACUUCUUAUACUCUUCACACUUGCUGCAAUUAUUGGAUGUCUUGUUUUAUACUCUGGACAAGCAAAGUUCCAUCGUAGCACUGUAUCGACAUUGGAAUAUGUUGUGAGUCAAGCUGAUGCAACUGUUUGGAAGCUCAACAAUGUGUCCAAUUAUCUUUCCUCAGCAAAACUGAUAGGAAUUCAAAAUGUUUUCUUGCCUUCUAAUGUGCAAACUGACAUUGAUGAUAUAGACAUGAAAAUCAGUGCUUCUUCUAGCUUCCUGGAUCACCAGUCCACUGACACUGCUGAUGACAUAAGAGAUGUACUGGAUUCUGUGAGGCUCGCUCUCAUCAUAGUCGCUGCCAUCAUGCUUUUCCUAACAUUUCUAGGAUUCUUGUUUUCAAUGUUCGGCAUGCAAGUUCUUGUCUACACGCUUGUGGUUUUUGGAUGGAUUCUAGUGACUGGAACUUUUAUCUUGUGUGGCGUAUUCCUCCUGUUCCACAAUGUGACUGCAGAUACUUGUUUGGCUAUGCACCAAUGGUCUGAGAAUCCCACAGCUCAUACAGCAUUAGAUGAAAUACUUCCUUGUGUUGAUCCAGCUACUUCACAGGAAACCUUGAAACGAAGCAAGGAGGUUACUACUCAGCUUGUGGACAUGGUUAACUCUGUCAUAUCCAAUGUCUCUAACAUCAAUUUUGGUGUACAAUUCAAACCUUUUUACUAUAAUCAAUCUGGACCUCUUCUGCCAUUUCUUUGCAACCCGUUCUCACAUGACUUAUCAGACCGCCAAUGCAGUGGUGGAGAAGUUCAAUUGAACAAUGCUACUCAGGUUUUGGGCAAUAAUGUGUGUGAGGUUGAUCCGAAUGGGAUAUGCAUUACUACUGGCCGUUUAACACCGGCCAUGUAUAACCAAAUAUCUGCAGCUGUGAAUGUGAGCUAUGGAUUGCAGAACUACGGUCCUGACCUAGUUGCAUUACAGGACUGCUCUUUUGUCAGGGAAACCUUCACAAGUAUAUACAGUGAUCAUUGUCCUGAUCUACGACGAUACAGCAGAUGGGUGUAUGCAGGGCUGGUGCUGGUCUCUUUUGCAGUGAUGUUAUCCCUCGUUUUCUGGGUAGUUUUUGGCAGGGAACGCAAGCACCGGUUAUAUACCAAAAGGCGCUUAAGGGAAGGUGGUUAUAAGAAAUCUUGACUGGUAGAUUGACUACUAAUUCUUUCUUGUAAUUUUCUGAUACUAUUGCUAGAAUCUGCAUUACAUUUUGAUGCCUAGAGUCAUAAUCUGUGUUAUUUGUUGAAUCUUUAAGAUCUCCCUUGACUUUGUCUGUUGGGGUUGGAAGUAUGUAAAUGGUUAGUUGCA